AUCUCUCCUAAUUUUCAACCCUAAAAUCUCUAAUUAUUUAUUUUCCAUCUCAGAUUUUUUUGUUCCGAUUUUCCCGAUUCCCAAAGAUUUCCAACACUUUCAACUACUCCCUCCCACUUCAACACGUUUAUGUUUUCUCUUCAUAUUUAUAUCCAACCUCUCAACUUCUCAACCCAUUCAUAUUUAGCUAUUUUGCAAAGUGAAACCAGAAGAUACGGUCGGUAAGGAUUCUCCCUGUCAUCUUUUUAUUUGCAUAUGUAUUUUUCUCAUGUGUUUGUAUUGCAGCCUUUCAUCUUUUAUGUGAAUUCGUUUUCAUACCCACAUAGCUCUGUGAAUCCUUCAUUUUCCCCACUAUUACCACUGCUAGACCCGACACCUGAGUUUCAACUCACUACCAUUAAAAAAAUUACUCGAUUUCUGCCAAUGUGAGCAGGCUAAUUGUUCAACAAUGCGGAUAAAAUUCAAACCCUAGAAAUACAUAAUAGAUCAGAAAUUAGAGAGAGCGAAGAGAGAUGUAGCCAAGGCGCGUCGGGUUCCACGCCGGCGGCUAAGGCUGUCGAUGCGGACUUGGCCGCCGUCGCGCCGGUCGAGAUUGAGACCGGCGUUGAAGAUGUGGUGCCUGCGGCUGAGGAUCCGUCUCCUAAUGCCGAUAAGUCUGCCUGAGGGUUUGCCUCCUUUUAAAUACGCUUCAUUUUUGAAUUCCGAUGGCAGCGUUGCCAUUCAUGCUGGUAUGUUCGGAAAAGUUCAAUAUAUUGUAUAAUUUAUCUUUAUUACGUAUACGUAUGAGGUUGAAUUAACGAGUUAUGUCUAUGUUGCCUGGCUAAUUUUUUUUUUAGUGUGUGAUGUUUCAUUUAGGAGAGCAUUUGUUAUAGAUUGCUUUCUGGUGUUGGUUCUUUUUGUUUCGCUAAUUGCUAUAUGACAUGGGAGGAUUUUUGUUUUACUCUUUUUUCAUUUUCUUUCUCUGUUUUAUUAGAUUGAUAUUGAAUUCCAUUUAUUUUUCUUGAAUUCUUUACAUCCUUAAUAUAUUGUUCGAUUUUCAUAUAGAAUGGCGCAAAAAAGGACCAAAAUGGCACAAACAACGACCAACCUCAUUGAUCUUAAGCCGUGUCGAUUUGACUGGAAAGUGGUGGUUCGGGUUAUGCGUUUGUGGAAAGUUCCUAGCAAAAGCAAUCCAAAUGAAAUGAUCAAUAUCGAUAUGGUCUUAAUAGACAAUAAGGUCAUUAUUUAUUUAUGCGUUUAUUUCGCUUAUGGUUAAAACAAUAUUUUUCAUUAUUUAUUUACGCGUUUAUUUCGCUUAUGGUUAAAACAAUAUUUUGAUAUAAUUUCUAUUUUUUUUACGGUGACAAGAUCCAUGCUUCUAUAAAACGUAAUCACUUGAAAAAGUUUGAACUUAUUGUGAAUGAAGGUAAUACCUACAUAUUUCAAAAUUUUAUGGUGGCUCCAAGCGAUCCAAGAUUCAGAUCAACUCGCCAUACUCACAAGAUUGUGUUUAUUAACACUACUCGAGUAACUGAUUUCCUUGCUGAAAAUAUUCCUGUUGUCACUUUUAAUUUUACGGAUUUCCGUGAUAUCAUUAAUAACGGGGAUGAUACAUGGCUUAUAGAUGUUAUUGGACAUGUUAUUGAAAGGGAUGCUUUGAGAGAACUAAACAAAAAUGGGCGGAGCCACAAGCUGUUGGAAGUCGGCCUUCAAGACUUAUCUGGCAACAAACUUAAAUGUGCUCUAUGGGACAAAUAUGCUGAGGAACUGUCCACACAUUUGAUCAAUGACAAACCGGAUAGCCCUAUCAUUAUUAUUUUGCAAUUAUGCAUGGUAAAAAGUUUCAAUGGCAAGAAUAGUAUUUCCAACGCUUUCCACAGCAGUAAGUUACUAAUAAAUGAAAAUUUAGAGGAACAUAGAGAGUAUAGAGAAAAAUUGAUGAUGCAAGCUGGAACAUUUUCUCAAUCAAUUAGUCAAAUAUCAACUCACAGGUCCGUUGGAAUUUCUGAUGAUUUACUUCAGACAGAACAUAUGACAAUCAGUGAUUUAAUGGAUUGUACAAGUGAACGUUCUGUUGCGUUGCUCGCUAAAGUAGUAGAAAUAGACUGUGAGAGUAAAUGGUGGUAUCCAUCAUGCUCAACAUGUUUUAGGAAAGUUGAUCGUAAUGGUGUUCAAUUCUAUUGUGAAAAGUGCAUUGAUAAUGUUCCCGCUAUCCCUAGAAAUCGGAUUCAGGUAUUGGUGUUUGAUGUUACUGGAUCCAUUUCAUUAGUGAUGUUUGAUAAAGUUGUUACCGAGAUCAUAGGCAAGAAGGUUGCAGACAUUCUUGGGGAUUUGGGCAAGGUAAUAUUAAAUUUAAUAUGCUUAUGAAAUGGUAACCUAAAGCCAAAUGUAAUGUUUUCGAUUUAUCAUAUAAUAAUAAAUGGUAACCCUUUU